UAGACUUUCAAUAAUCCACUUCAAGCUUGUUUUUGUUUUAAAGACGUUCGAUUUAGCAAAAAUAGUGUUAAAAUGUUCGCCCUUGCAAAGUCAAAUGACAUCGAGAAUCGUGAGUUGCGUUCAUCGAAACUUGAGCUUCAAAUUUCACGAUUUUAUCUAUUUCAAAAAUGAUACAUGAAGUCAAGGCCCGUAGGCCAUAUUAUAUAUUAUUGUAAGAUUUGCAUUUUCCAAUCAGAAAUGAAUAAUAUUUUAAUGAUUGACGAUUGUAUUUGUCAACUAUAGAUAUCAGGGUUAACGUUGUAGGAGGGAGAAACUCAAAACAUUGGCGACUUUUUCAGUCGAGAGAAUAGAACUACAAAUCGAUACAGUUUCAAAUGCUCAAACAGUCAGAAUAAUAGCAUUUUCCACGAGUCGCGAUGAUACUAAGCUUUGACGACAAAGUGCUGAAGUGAAUAUCAAUCAAUCUUGAUUUAACCUUUAUUAACCUCUCAGCUCCAAUUGAAUUUAAAUAAUCACAAAGUUAGACGCAUUACACCUGGGCAUCGGAUCGACACUUUAAACAUCAUUACAGUUGAUCAAAUCCUACAUCUUCGUCUGUAUCAAAAGACCAUUGUUCAAGAGUGUACCUCGUGCGUUUUGACCAAAGUAUAUUCAAUCAUCAAAGUAAACUUGCUUCGAAAAAAUAAAGAGAAACGAGACUCGGUUAGUACAUCAAUGAAUCAUUUCGAAGGGCUCAAAAGCAUAGACAAAAUGAGCUUCGAUAGCCCGGAGCCGAUACAACUAGACGAGUUGCGAGAAGCAAAGAUACGCGCAGUAGAAAUGGAGAAAACGAUGCGUUGGUGGUCGGAUUGCACGGCAAACUGGCGAGAGAAAUGGAGUCAGGUAAAAAAUGAACGAAACAAAGCGAGGGAGGAACUCAAAGCGUUAAAACAAAAGCUCCAAGAUGCCAAAGAUGAAAUCUACCAUCUGAAGCGAGAACGCAACGACUUCAGGGACGAGAAUGAACAACUGAGGAAACAAGUGGAUAAAAUGGACGCGGAAUUAAGACGCGACCGACGUGCGUUCGUGGCCCCAAUGAAACCGAUGACAGAAAUUUCCUCAAAUUCACCAUCGGAGUACAAUACGGAGUCUGUUCAGCACACAACAAACAGACAUCGAAACCUUGAAAGAAAAAUUAAAACCGCAGAAGAUAACGUUGCUGAAGAGAUUCGAUUAAAAAACGAAGUUACCAAAACGUUAGACGAACUUAGAGAAGAAAUGGAAAAGUUGAAAGAGUCUCUCGACCACGAAAAAAACCUCAAUGAAAAUGUUUUGAACGAGCUUAAUCAACGGAAGGAAGAAAAUGAGAUUGUGAACAACGAAAAGUUGUCAUCUGGCAACGUUCGUGUUACAUAUGGUGCAGACAGCGUGGAUAGAAAAGUCAAAGAUCUUCGCUCAGAGAUCGAAAGAUUGCAGAAGGAGAACUCCAGCGAAUGGAACAAACGAGAGAAACUAGAAACUCAAAAGUUGAAUGCAGAAAGAGAAAGCAAGAAGCUUCGACAUCAAUUGACGGAUUUACAAAAUGAAAUGAAAACGAAAUCGGACGAGAUCAAACAGGCUACAGAUACGAAGUUAAAACAAAUACAGAAAGAGUUAGACGAAAAGAAAAAGGAAAUGAGCGAGCUCAAGACAUCACACUUGAAAUUAAAAAAAAUCUAUCAAGAUAAGAAAGAAGACGUUUUACAUAAUAAGACGCGCUUGGAUCAACAAGAUGAAGAAAUCAGGAAACUUCGAGGAAGAAUUGACGAGUUAAAAAUGAAACUAACUGCAGCAGAAGAUGAGGUCGAUCAGAAAGAAAAUCUGCAGCGAAAACUACAACGACAGUUGGACGAUCAGACACAGCAAUGUCAAGUGCUUCAAGUUCAAAUGGAACAUUUACAGAAAAGGUGGAUCAAAAUGAGCAAAGGUAAUCGAAUAAGCAAACGUGGAGAUAGGAAUAGCUACAGAGAUGAGGACGAAGAUGAUGAUUUACUGGAAUUAGAUUUAUGAUAACAGACUCGGGGAACACUGACCGAAUCACCAUUUUAAAGCGAAUUUAAAUAUUUGAUCAAGAUAAUUCGUUGUAUGAUAGAUACAAACAAAACAUAAUUCUAGUUAGUCCAUGGUCAUAAAUCGUAACACUGUAGAUAAGUGAAAAUUGAUACUUGAAAAUUUUUACAACUAUUAAUCGUUUUCUGUAAACAGAAAUAGAACAAAUAAAUGCAGAUGUUUAAGAGUUU